CAUAGGAUUCCUGUAAUCCCGGCUGUUGGUCCGGAAUUCUUAACCAAUUCGCAAACAGCCAACUGUGUCAAAAUCAAUUCGUUCCUCAGAAUGUCAAGACUAGAGGAACGUCUAGUACUAUCACCCGCUCGAGUACUGGAAGAUGUAGCGUGUCCAAGUGCGGAAAAUAGCAAAAGAAAAGCGGAAGAAAGCAACCAUACGUCACAUGAAAAUUUAGAGGAUUCUUGUGGAAAAUCUGAAGACUUUGUUAAGGAAGAAGAAGAAGAAAACUUUGGAGGAAGUGACGUAAAAGAAAUUCGUGAAUUUCUACAGGAUAUUAACGCUUCUUGUGAUCUCUGCUGUAACAAAGUGGGAGAAGUGAUCAGUCUCAACAAAUACGAAAAAAUUUUGGGAUUCCUUUUGGUGAAGAAGUUCGGUACCGCUUUGAUUGGCAAAGUAUCGAGAUUGCCAACAACACCCGAACAAACCUGCAGAAGUUGUUUUACAAGCUUGUACCUCUUUAAAGACCGACUGAAAAAGUUCCUGGACAAAAGAAAACAGGAUAAAAUCAAGGAGGAAAUGGAUGAGAUGAAUCAUGGAUACCAAUGUCCAUGUGUCCAGUGUCGAGAAACAUAUGGAUAUUUGUCUUUGUUAGUGAGAGGCAUUGAGCAACAGGACGAAAGCAACCAGCGCACUCCUGAUCCGAGUAGUUAUCAACUGUCAUCUUCUAUUACAUCAGGUAUGGACGAAUAUACAUUCCAGCAAGCUAUUUCUUCAGAGUCUUCUACUCAUCAGUACCAGCAACAACCACCAGUGCCAAUGCAAUACGAACAACAACCAAAGACUGAAACAUACGUACCAGAUUGUAGUUACCAGAAAUCUCAAUAUUUUAGUACGAUACCUGAACAACAUUUACCUCAAACUCAGUAUUCUAUGCUACCUAAGACUGUUCAGUACUUAAGCCCUACUACUACUCAAAGUCAGUUUCAAUGUUCAAGCCUCGAUGAAGCUAACAUGUCGUACGAUAUGAGCUACAUGUCAUCUUCAAGUACCUUUGCCACAUCGUCUCAUCAAAGUACUGAAACAGUCGCUGCAUCUGUGAUAGGUGAAGAAGAAGAGGACAACAAAGCUUUGAUACCAGAAUUUUUAGCGGAUAUAGAAGCUAUGAGUUUGGAAGCUCAAAAUCAACCGUCUACUUCUGGACUAGGUCAGAGUCAUGAUCGAGUUGAGGAGACGAGACAUUCAGGAAGAAUCAUGGUGUGUUGUCAUUGCAAAAAAAGGUUUACACACAAAGGAGAUUAUAACAAGCAUUUGAGGAAACAUACUAAGGAGAAGCCGUACAAGUGUUCGGUUUGUCAAAAGUUUUUUUCGAACACUUCGAACUUGCACAGGCAUCAAAGAACGCAUAACGGUGAUAAGCCGUUUCAGUGUGAAUUUUGUGAUAGACGGUUUAACAGACGAGAUAAAUUACUUAGUCAUAGGAAAAGUAGAUUUUGUAAGAACAGAAGACGGUCAAAUUAAACUAUUUUAUAUUU